CGGCCCGUAAGCACGUGUUACUACAUUCGCUUAUAAAGUUGUGGCGGCCAUAAAACGUUCAAAAAUCGAAUUUUUGGUGCAACUAAAAUUAUCUACGUUCUGAUGGAUGCAAAACGAUUUUAUGGUGCUAAAACUGUAGGGAUUCCGAACUUGAGUGGCAGUGAAGAUGAACAUUUGUCAGAUGAUGAUUUUUACCGAAAAACAUUUUCUCAAGUUCUGUUGGAAAAUACCAGUGAAGAAGAACAGCUUGAUAGAGAGAUGCUCGAAGAUAUUGUGAUUGAAGAAAGUGAUUUUUCCGAUAGUGAAGACGAUGUUCCCCUUUCAACUCUCAUUGCAGCAAACAAGGCAAAGAAAAAAACAAGGUUUGUUUUGAUUGGGAAGAUAAACAGUUGAGGGUAUCUGACUAAGACAUAUUAUUCAAGGCGUCUCACUCAUUAGGAAAAGAUAUUUUGAAUUUGGGUGGUAUAUUCGAAUUUUUCAAGUUUUUUUUUACGGAUGACAUACUGGUAGAUAUGAUGGAACAGACCAAUUUAUAUGCUAUCCAAUGUAGGCCUGAAAAGCCACCAAAUAUAACUAAAGAAGAGAUAAAUAUUUUCAUUGGAAUUUGCAUAUACAUGUCUGUAGCGCACCUGCCCUCCACUAGAAGCCAUUGGAGUAGUACACUGAGAGUUACUGCAAUAACCGAAGCUAUGACAUGUAACAGAUUUGAAGAAAUAAAACGUUUUAUUCACUUCAAUGAUAAUACGAAGCAUCAAAAUCGCGAUGAACCUGGUUACGAUAAGCUUUUCAAAAUUCGUCCUUUUUUAGAAAAAGUACGAGAGAGGUACCUACUUGUCCCAAAAGAAGAGCAUCUUGCAGUUGACGAACAAAUUAUACCAACAAAAGCUCGAUCAACCCUAAAGCAAUAUAACCCAAAAAAACCUCAUAAAUGGGGCUAUAAAGUUUUCGUACUAAACGGAGUAUCAGGCUUCAGUUAUGAUUUCGACUUCUUUUCUGGGCCAACUAAGUUGCAGCCUUAUCAACCAGAUCUUGGGGCAAGUAGUAAUGUGGUAGUGAAACUUACAAGAGUCAGUUCCGAGGAAUCAAAAUUAC